AUGAUUUAUUUAGAUGUGCUUGCUCAAGUUAUGUGGUCCAAUGAUCCGUUUGGUUAUGGGCCAUCAGUGCCUUAUCUGUUCACCAAGACUGGCAUACAUCGGGCAGUCAUAAACAGGAUACUAAUGGAACUGAUGAAAUGUACACACAUGUUUUACCGUACAAUCACUACGACAUCCUAA